GGGAAACAGCGACCUUUAGCAUCCUUUAUUUUCACCAGUAACACAUCAAAAACUCAAAGUGGCUUCCAUCUCUUUACAUUAGAAAUUCUGUUAUUUACAUUGUGUGAUGUUAGUUUAGGUAAUUUUAUUUAUGCUUUAAGUAUUUUUAUGACAGAAACCCUACUUUAAGAAUCUUAGCCUUGGCAUCAAUCUUUUAUUAUUUAUCCACAGAGUAAUUUCUGCUAAAACUCACCACCAGGCAGUUGACUAUAAUAUUUUCGAAGGGAUGGAAUGUCAUGGAGUUCCUGUGGUUACCAUCUGUGGAGGUCAGGUGGUCUAUAAAGAUGGAAUAUUACAUGCCAAACCUGGGCAAGGAAGAUAUGUUCAUCGUAAUGCCUUCUCUGAUUUUGUGUACAAACGUGUGAAGCAAAGAGAAAAGGUGAACAAGCCAAAGCCUGUAAGAAGAGCCCCAUAUGGAGGACCAAUCCUGUCUGUCAGGAAUCAAAAUGAAGUGAUGAGUCUGGAGAACAAAAACUUUCAUAAAUAAAACAUUUAUACUUCAGCUAAUUGUUUCCUUUUUAAAGUUUUAUCAACCCUAAAAUUUAUUUUGUCUCGUCCAAUUUAAAAGUUCUUUUUAUUACAUUUUCUAGACUUGGCUUAGGAAAACACCUUUUUAUUUCAUCAUAAAGGCCUAACAAAUAAUGAAAGAAGAAAUUAAGAGACUCUGGUUUAAUUCUUACCAAUGCAAUUUUUCCCUCUUCAGGAAAAUUCUUUUGUGAAUUUCAUCUAAGUUAUGAAAAUGGUUUGAGGUUUUUUUUUAUUAAUAAAAUUAUUGGGAUAUUCAAAAUCAUUAACCUUGAUUGUGUAAUUUUCAUGAUUAUGUUCAAAAUAUACUUCUCUUAAAAUUAUUAAUGAAUACAAAAAUUGUGUCUAUGUUUUAAAGAUUAAAUUUAAGGAUUUCAACUUUCAUUCUAGUGAAAUUAGUAACUACCAUAGAUAAUCCCAUUCUUAGAGUUAUUCCCAUAAUGUAUUGGACACUGGAGAAUAUCUCACCUCACAACAUUUCUAACUAAUACUGUCUGUAUUAGAAGAUUUCUAAAGAGUAAGGCUAUUAUCAAUAUUAUGAUGUUGAAUUUAACAGAAGCAAAUAAAUAUAUAAAAUGCUUU